CAACACAACAAGAGCGUUGAAUUACAAAACAAAAACAUAUAGGGGUCUAAAUGCAAUAAAAAGGAAUAAAUCACAUGCUAAUGCCGGUACCAAACAGAUGGGAAGUCAAAAUCACGGAAAAUUCUUCGCCGCCGCCCAUGGCGGCGACACCUAUAAAAAUCUCUUCAAAAAAACUCACCAUUUAUGGACAACCACAAAACACAACCCACUUUCAUUGACGAUUGUCUCAAAACCCAAUCAAAAUGCUUCGUCUUCUUCUCUUGCUAGUCUUGUUUCUGGUUUCUGGGUCAACGCUUGUGGACUCGCACAAAGAGUCCGGCGAUUGGAGCUGCGAGUCCGACCCAGAGGCCCGAGUUGCGGCCGAGUUCAGCCCCGGACUCGUCACUCUCGAUGGACACGCCGACGAUUGGAAAAACGUUGAUGGGUUCGAGUUCUCUCUCCUCCCUGCUCUAGACCCACAUCCAGAUCACGAGUACAAAGGUGGAAAAAUGAUUGUAAAGGCUUUGCACGAUGGGAAAGAUGUUUACUUCAUGUUGCAAAUUGAUGGAGACUAUGUCUACUCAAAAGGGGAUGGCACCAAAUGCCCAUCUGUUGCUCUGAUGUUUCAAGUUGGAGAGAGUGCCACCUAUCAUGAUAUGGGUGGAUGUAAAGAAUCCCCAACUACAUGCAACAGCGCGAGUUGCCAUGGCUAUGAAGUCGACAUUAUGCAUUUCUCCAUUGGAAAUGCUGUCCCGGGACGGUUGUAUGGAGGCAAUCCAAUAGAUAACAAAGAUGGGACUGGAGGUGACAGGUUUGGUCAUUUGGUUGAUGUGUAUGCUUGGAAUCCACAUUGUAGGAAUCUUGAUGGAAUCAGUCCUUCAGGUCCUUCAGGAAAUGAUUCUAGUGCACAAAAUGACUGGAAGGGUGCAUGGUGGCAUGACAGUUUUACCACACAUUCAGGUUUUGUAGAAGAAGACAGCCCUUAUGCAUCAGCUGGUCAAAAGGGAACAUACUACUUUGAAUUUUCAAGGCCUUUGAGAACAAUGGACCGACUUCAACAGGAUGUUCAAUUCACCAUCGGUCAAUCCAGCAAGUUUUCAGUCGCAUUUUGGUAUCCAGUUGAUGGGAAUCCAUGGCGUGGGGCGCAGCACUAUUCGGUUAGCUGUGAUUGGGUGCCGUUAGAUAUCUCCCCAGGCAGUUCUGCCCUUUCAAAAGGGGCUUCAGGAAACUCCUCUUCGAAUGCUGCAAGUGCCUUUGCUCUUCUCUUAUCUGUAGUCGCCGUUUGUGUUUCUGUGUUUGUUGGUUACUGGCUCUUUAAAUCCAAAUCUAUCCCCUUUACCCCCAUAGAUCAUCUUUGAUAGGUUCAUAGCAGAUUUUGCCGUCUCUGUUUUUAUUUUUAUUCCCCCAACCCCUGAUGAUAUGGCCUUAUUUUUGUUUUAAUGUGAGUUGGAUAAUGUUAUUAGAUUGUUGAUAUGCCACUUUGUCAUUUAAGUUUUUUUUUUUAUUGAGAAUGAAAAUAAUAAGAAAUCAUAUCACUUUUGUAAAUUGGUUU